UCAAAAUUGAAAACUGAAUAGGCGCAGUACCAGAGCAUAAAUUUAUAAUUCAAACCACCAAGAAAAUCUGAAGCCAUCCCGGGAAAAUUGUCUUAAGACCAUUUACGACUUACGAGAUUUCUGCCGAGCUCACUGGUUCAUUUCCAUGGAAGCUGAAGCUUAGAAGCCCGUUAGGUUUCCCUUAACAUGGAUUGGGCAUUUGCCCAUAAAGCUUGGGACAAGUGGGCUUCCGCCAGCAUCGGCACCUUCGGUCAGCCAUUGAAAGCUGCUAUGUUGAUUAAUUAUGAUCCAACCGGACCUUCCCGCUUGCUUUCAACCAUUGCAGAACAAGAAGGAAUCUUGAUCAAUCCCAUAGAACUGAAUCAGUUUAUCGAUUUCAUCAAACGUGACAAACCCCAAACAGAGAGUUUCAGCAUUGGUUCAAAUCAGUACAUAAUGACAUCGGUUCAUGAGAAUUGGUUUUGUGCAAGGUGCAUGAACACUAUAAAGCAUGCUGGUGAAGGUGUUGUUAUUGUGCAAACAGCAGCAUUUAUCUUGGUUGCUAUGUAUGAUGGUUCCAUUGCAGCAGCAUCUCGCGCUAUGGCAGCAGCUGAUCAGUUAUCUUGGCAAUUAGGCAGGAAAAAUCUUUAGUUUCCUUGGAAGUAAACCUUGUAUGAAUGACAAAUAUAUCUGAUAGAAAAGGAAUGACAAAUCCCUUGACUCAUUAUCUUGCUGAUGUAKAAGUGUAGCUGUUUCUUCCAUGUUUAAUUACAUCUGCCCGAGCUCUUCCUACCGCAA